CUGAAGCAGUGAGUGGUCCAGGGUCCCCGAUAUCCACAAGGGUCAGCCGGGUCUGUGUUGGGUGCCGUGUGUGGGCAGAAGCCAGAGCUCAGGCAUCAUUUCCCCAACAGGGAACCUCCCUGACAGGGUCCCUGCAUCACAGAGGGCUGAAGAGGGGUCCCAGGGCUCAGGAAACAGCAGAUUGGGCUGGGGUCUCCCUGAGUGGCCCACACUUCCUGCCCCACUGCCCUCGUCUGGCCUCCUCUCACCUCCUCCUGCUCAGCAUCCCUGGGCCUCAGCAGCAGACGGGCCCGGCAGGUGCUCUAGAAUUCCCAGCAGCUCAGGACAGGCCCAGGUGGGGAAGGUCAUUCUCACGACAUUGGAGUCCAGGGCAUGGGGACCCACUCACAGGUUCUCUGUUAGAUCUUCUCAGUGGCAUGAUGGCUCAGCUGGGCUCCACGUGAGGGGACCUUCUGUGGGAGCAGCGGAGGCACGUUCCAGGGUCCUGACUCUGCUCCCUGCACUCCCCCCAGCGCCCUGAGUCCCAUGUCGGGGUCCUGGCCUGAGGGCUCUGCUGAGUGGCUGUGCUGUGUCCCCGUGCAACCGAUGCUAGGCUGCAUUCUGGUGCAUUUUUCUGGCUCUGGCCUCCAAGUUCAUCUGAGGAAGGAACUUCUCCUGACCGCACUGAUCAGGGCUCAGGACAUUGCUCCAGCCCCAGCAGUUGUCCCAGAACCACCUGAGGAGCUGGGCCUGCCUCCGCGGGAUGCCCCAGAGCCGGAGCCUCUCGAAGCCUCAGCUGCGGCCGCAGCACAAUGGGCAGAGCUGGAGGACGCCGGGCCCGGAGACACGCAUGAUGCCAGCUCGUGGGCAGCUGCCAGCCGGGCCAGCGAGGCAGCUGACGGCCCUGAGCCUUCCUGCCCCGGCAGCAGGCCCUUGGAGGAGCCGGGGAACGAGCAGGUCUCCGUCAGCACGUUCCCUGCCCGGCUGGUGGCCGAGCAGCUGACACUCAUGGACAAGGAGCUGUUCCUGGAGCUGGUGCCAAACCACUGUCGGGGGGACCUCUCAUCUAUCAGGAACAAGCCGGGCUACGAGCAUGUGUGCCCCACUGUGCGGGCCAUCGAGAGCCAGUACUACACUGUGGCCGCCUGUGUCCUUACCACCUGCCUCUCGGAACUGAGCCCCCCCGCGCGGGCACGGAUGCUGGAGUACUGGAUCCUGGUGGCCCAGGUGGAGCCGGAGGAAGCUGAAGGCCCUGCGCAGACAGGCCCGGAAACAUAGACGCUGCAAGCCCCUGCAGGUGGAACAGCGCUGCAGCUUUGUGUCCUGCUUGAGGAACCUCGGGAGACGCCAGGUGAGGGGCGUGUGCGGGACCCAGGGACAGAGGGGUGGCCCCCACAGGGGUCUUCCCUCAGAAAGGAGGCCCGGCCCAGCCCUGCUUCCGGCUGACCC